CAUGUGAACGUGUGAAAAGAAAUCCUACAACAAACUCAACGAAAAGAGACAGAAAACAACACGUUUAAAUCAUCAGCGGAGAGGGAACUCGACUAAAUGAGAUGUAACUUCCGGGAGAUCUCAAGAUGUCUGGAGCUAAGUCGCGUCUCGGCCCGGCCAGGAACUCCUCCCGGCGCCUUCCCAUGGCCACCUUCAGCGCCUUCGUCUGUUUCUUCAUCGCCGUCAUGGCUGCUUCUUCGACUGCCGCGGGAGGAGGAGACCCCAGCGCCCCGAACCAAGAUGCCAUCAACAUUAUCGUCAAGUCCUCAGUCCAUCAACUACUCCUUAUAGUUGACGGCACUACAGUGGCCAACGUGACAUCCACCGAGGAGGACAGGAAGGACCCCGCCGUGUUCUCCCGCUGGCAGGUGACGACGGGGCUGCACGUCCUGGUGCUCAGCCCGAGGGAUGGGAGGCUGCUCUUCAGACGGAUGCUGAUGACGUCACAAUUUGGGCUGUCGCAAGAAAUUCCGAGUCUGUUGAUGUCUUUGACCAGCGGCAACAUCCUCGUCAUUGCAAUCAAGAACGACGGGGCCCUCAACCUGACCCCGACGGCGCGCUCCCUCCUUCAGUCGUUUGGCGUGAAGACCGCCCACGCCCUCCGCUUCCGCAAUAACCUCGCGUGGGUGGGCACGGUGGGCGGGAGGACCUGGGGGGAGGCCGCCACGCCCAACGUCGACGAGAGGGCGAACCACGGGGUCCUGUGGUCCUCCCCCGUGGUCCUCGAGGUGCAAGUUCCUCGACGUCCUUCGGAGUCUUCUUGCUUCCCCACGAGCGAGCCCAGAGAAGCUGCCAGGGCCUCCUUCUGCGCCCGCCACGACGGCUACGGGACCCUGUGCUCCUGCGAGAACCCGGCUCCUCUCACCUACCAUCCUCCUGAGCUAGCAGACAGCACCAUCGACGACGUCCCCCUGGUCAUAGUGGCUGACAACCGACCACCUUAUCUCUACAGGACCCUCGUGACGGUACUCAGGCAGCCCGGAGGACACACUCGAAGGAUUCUUGUGUAUGUACACGGCCACCAUCCGGAGGUUGUCGAGCUCCUUGAACUUCUACAGGUCCCUUACGAGGAGGACCUGGUCGAGGUCGACAGCCAGAUCGAGGGUAAGAUCGCCGAGCACUACCGCAAGGCCCUCGAAGCCGCCUUCUCCCGUUUCCCUGAGGCUCCUAAGGCUAUUCUGCUGGAGGAGGACCUGCUCGUUGCCCCAGACUUCUUCAGUUUCUUCAACCAAACGGCCUGGCUGCUUGACCACGGACUCCAGCCUCGUGUGCGUGAGUGCCUGCCGAAUGACCUCAGCAGCUUGCACGUGGCCCAUGACCCCACUUGUUGCCGCCGCGGUGGAGACCUUACCUGCCUGGGUGGAUGCUCACGAGGCACUGGCGGAGGAACUGCUGCGGGCUUUGGCACGGAAAGAAGAAGGGACCAAGACUGGGACAUAUGGGCGCGCGGGAUGGACGUCAUCGGUGGGCGUGAGUGCGUGGUGCCAGACGUCAGCCGCACUUUCCACAUAGGCCUAUCUGGCGCCCACAACCCAGGCCUAAUUCACGCAGCCUUUUUCUCAGCCAGGCCUAUGCCGGCAGAGAACUAUGUGCAAUUGAAGAAUGUUGAUAGACUGACCUCCGAGAAAUACGAAGAAGACAUCUAUGCGUUACUGGAAGAAGGUCCUCUUUUCCUUGACACGAAACUACAUCCUUGCGACGAGCACUAUUUGCCCCGGAAUAUCACAGACAAACCGGUCGUCAUCUUCAUUGAAAUGAUCACCGGAAUCGACUACUUGGCGUGGAAAUAUUUUGCAAGAUGCCUGGGCGUGUGGGACCAGGACGUGAGAGCCAUGCAUCGGGGUUUGUUUUGGUUCCAUUUCUACGAGACCCAAGUCAUGGUCAUUGGGUAUCCUUAUAGUGACUAUAGCCCCUACAAGCCCCCGCGAAUCGAGGUCCUCCGCGUGGAAGACCCGAAGGACAUCGACAAACUGGACAUGGUGGCGCCCUCGAACCGACACCGCUUCCGAAGGCCGGAGCUCGAGUCCUACGUGCCCUUCUUGGACACGGCUCUGCCUGUUGUCCACCCGUAAUAGUUUUAUAAUAAUGAUAUAAUAAUAAUAAUAAUAAUAAUAUAGUAAUAGUGUUGGUGGGCUUCCCGAGUAGGACUUGGUUGAAGAGCCUGGUCUCGGUAAAAUAUGUGUAUGGCAGAUUUGGCUUGUGAAGGUAUGUAUGGCAUUGCAGAUUUGGCUUGUGAAGGUAUGUUUAUGACAGAUUUGGCUUGUGAAGGUAUGUUUAUGACAGAUUUGGCUUGUGAAGGUAUGUUUAUGACAGAUUUGGCUUGUGAAGGUAUGUAUGGCAUGACAGAUUUGGCUUGUGGAAAUAUGUGUAACGUUACAGAUUUGGUUUGUGAAGGUAUGUGUAUCGUUACAGAUUUGGUUUGUGAAAGUAUGUAUAUCGUUACAGAUUUGGCUUGUGAAAUAUGUAUAUCAUUACAGAUUUGGCUUGUGAAAAUAUGUGUAACGUUACAGAUUUGUUUUGUGAAAAUAUGUAUGACAUUACAGAUUUGUCAUGUGGAAAUAUGUAUAUCAUUACAGAUUUUUGUGAAAAUAUGCAUAACAUAACAGAUUUGUCUUGUGAAAAUAUGCAUUACAUUGCAGAUUUGUCAUGAAAAUAUGUAUAUUUCAGAUUUGUCGUGUGAUUUUUACUUAAUAGACUUGCUUGUCGACUGAAUGUUGGAGUUAUCAUGUGUAAUGUGGAGAGGAAACCUUUGUCACGUGAUGAGGGAUGUUUUCCUGUGGUAAUGAUGUACGUAUGAUGGGAUGAUGACGUCACGCAUCCUAGUGGGAUCGUUAGGUACCUGUCACUCAUCGGGUCAUAAGCAACUUCGUUAAUUUUUUUGUGUCUGUCUUUGUCAACUCCAUUUUUGUGGGUUUAUGUAUCUCCAUAAUUUUUUUUUAUGUGCAUGCAUCAAUUAUCAC